AUGGAUUAUGCAACAGAUAAGGGGGAAAGUACUCGUCAUGUGUGCAUCUGCGAAAUAUGUUUGCUUCACCCGCACCUUAAGGCAGCACUUCGGCGUAUGCAGCCGCCGGAGCUGCGACUCUAUUCCCAAAAUGAGCUUUUGAAUCUGCUUGAGUGUGACGUAUCCAUGGCUUCAGAAAACAGUGAAAAGCAUAAGAUUGGAUCUGAGGAAAGCUGGUGGCAUCUCUGCACUGCCGAUCGAAGUUUCCCCAUCUACAUCAUCCCCACGGAGGAGCUAGUAGCUGAUCUUGCAUCUUAUUUGGCAGGCAGAGUACAAUCUCUUCGAAGUGAGAUGAUUGGACGAGCUGGCACUUCCUGCUGCAGAGCAUCAGAAAUCGCAAAAACUUGUACGGACAACAGCUGCUGCAGCAAUUGGGAUCCCACAGGGCCUAUUCGCAUUUUAGAAUGCGGAGCCGGCACAGGGGCAUUGGCCGCUCACCUGAUGCCGAGAAUUCAGCAGCUGCUCCACCAAGGACGUUCCCAGACCACGAGCACUACGCUGGUCCAACAGCAGCAGCAACGUCAGCAAGGGCAAUCUUGUGCGUUGCACUCACGUCUGCAACAGCGAGAGAAACAGCAUCGCAGAAAUAUAGGAGAAAAACAUGAUGCGAAUGCCGAUGUGGGAAGCUCAGGCCCAUUUGUAGAAAACAACAGGCUACUGACCUCUGCCGUACACUUGCAGUGUACUAUGGUCAACGAAAGUGCUGCAAGCAGAGAAGCACCGAGCAAUUCUCAAUUUACAUAUAUUGCUUCUGAGCCUCGCCAAGAGCUGCAGUGGUGCCCUCAACACCUGGCACCCACCGCUGUUGGGUGCCGCUUGGCGAUGCAACAACACUGUCCCCAAAUGGUCAUUUGCUGUUGGAUGCCGUUUAAUGUCGAUUGGACCGCACCUGCCCGCAGCAACUGCUGUGCCUGUUGUAGAAGCAUUCUUGAACUGGGCGGUGCAAUGCCCCAGCAGCACCACAGCUGCCCGUGCCAGGUGCAGGAAUAUAUCCUUAUUGGCCACCCCGAGGGGGGCUUAGUAGGAAGGCCACUAGAGACUUGGGGACUAAACUGCCCGGAUGCGGAUUUACUGCCUCUUGGGGUCGACUAUGAAGCUUGUCAAGACCAAGCGCAGGCAGGGGGCAGUUCUUCUAUUUCGCCAGCCUCAGAAACGCAUUCCCGCGAAGCUGCAUCAGCAGUCACAAGUGAUGAAAACAAUGACGGUGUGGGAAUUCGCAAAAGGAGGAAAACCAGGACUGAUGACAGUACCCUGGAUCCUGUGGAAUGGCAACCAGCAAAUAACUUCAAAUCUAUUUUACCAGAUGUGCCAAGCCGAGGAAAAGGUGCACCUAAAGAUGCCUUUGGAAAUGACAGUGACUGCGAAGCUGACUCAGACAGUAGUCUUCUUGACGUACAUCAUUCUGCUCGCGAAUUUGGUGGUAUGCAUCUCUUGCCUUUGAGCAAAAGACCGUAUUACCGAGAAGGCUUUGUACGGUUGCCGCCUCUUCCCACCAAAUCUGAUAAAGUGGCUGCAAAGGUUGCAGGAGCAACAGACCUCAGCCAGCUGGAGGCGCUGCAGGGCGUCCAGUCGCUGAGCAGAUUUGAUUCGCUCCUCAGCUUACGUGCAGGCUUUCCCUCAGUUUCUCGCGUUAUUGUUUUUCGGCGCACUAGCAAACGUGGUGAACUUGGGUAG